CAGGGUAUCUCGAACCCCGAUGUUUUGACCAAGUACAAGGUGGCAGCCGGCAUAUCGACCGGUGUCCUCGAAACGGCUACAGGAUGGCUGGCGGACGGCGAGUCGAUCCUUGACUUGUGCACCCGAGGAGACAAGCUUCUUGAAGAGGAGAUCGCAAAAGUCUACAAGAGCUCCAAAGCCAAAGGAGCUUCCCACCCGGUCACCAUCAGCCCCAGCUCACAUGUCACUCCCUACACCCCUCUAGUUUCGGACGCCGACGAAGCCGCAACGAAGAUCAAAGCGGGUGAAGUGGUCAAGAUCCAGCUCGGGGCACAGAUUGAUGGCUACGGCACGAUUGUGGGGAACACGGUCGUGGUGCCGCAGGAGAAGGGCAAGAAAGCUCCCAUCACGGGCAAAGAAGCAGACUUGCUUGUUGCGACACACUAUGCAAACGAGUUAUUGCUCAGAUUGAUGGUGCCCCCAGGUCUCCUGGCUUCAGGGACUGAGGACGAGAAGAAGAAAGCUGCUGCUGAAAAGGCCCCAACUCAGAGUAAGAUUAUUGCUCUGCUAGACAAGCUGGCAGCCUCAUAUGGACUGCACGUGGUCCAGCACACUACCUCGUGGCAAUUUGAGCGGAACGAUAUUGAAGGGAAGAAGAAGCUGAUCCUCUCUCCCGUGGAUGGUACCAAAGGGGAAGGUUCAGCGGAAGUUGGUGAGGUCUGGGGUGUGGAAGUUGGUUUGAGUUUGGGAUCCGGCAAGGUCAAGGACCUGGACAAGCGUUCAACAUUGUUGAGACGGACGGCCACAACAUACGGCCUCAAGCGUCCAAGUUCAAGGCAAAUCUUGUCGGAGAUUGUCAAGAAGUUUGGCACGUUCCCCUUCAGCAUCCGGCAGUUGGAUGAUGAGCGUGCGGGUAAGGUAGGUGUUGUUGAAAGUAUCCGAGCGGGUGUGCUUCGUGAGUACAAACCUGCCGCUGAAGCGGACGGUUCUCCUGUGUCGAGGCUCUUCACCACAAUUGCUGUCACAAAGAAUGGCAUCACCCGACUUGCAGCUCCCCCGAUAUUGGAUUUGGACGCUGUCAAAUCCGACAAGAAAAUCGAAGACGAAGAGAUCCUGAAGAUUCUUGAGCAACCGGUUUCCAAAUCGACGGGAGCGAAGAGCAAGAACAAGAAGAAGAAGAAGAAGCCCGCCAAGAAGGCUGCUGCUGCGGCC